AUGGCGAAAGACGAUGGCAAGAAAUCGAAGUCUAACGGAGGCCGGCCGAAACGAACGGAGCCAAUUGUGCCGCUGACCAAUGACCCUCGUUUCUCGACCGUUCACUCCGACCCGCGUUUCGCACUUCCUAAAAAGCGCGAUAGAACUGUUGCUAUUGACUCUCGUUUCAAAAAGGUCCUCGAAGACGACGACUUUGCUCGAAAGGCCAAGGUUGACAAAUAUGGCCGAAGGCUGCCAGUUGAUAAGCGGAGAGAGGAGAUUAGACGGCUAUAUACAUUUGAGGAUGAGGAAGGUGAAGAAGAAGAGGGUGGGGUGAAGCUUGACGAAGAAGAGGAUGAGGAGGAAGGCAAGAAAGGAAGGAAGAAGAAGGCGCUAGAGAUUGCGCCUGCUUCCUCUGAUGAAGAAGAGGACGAGGAUGAAGAUGAAGAUGAAGCGCCUAGAUACGACCCAGCUCGUGGGGAGGGCCUCCCUUCUGAUGCUUCGUCGUCUGAUGAUGAUUCUGACGACGAAUCGGUAGUCACUUCUGAAGCUGAAGACGCAGAGGCAGCAGCACAAGAGGCGGAAGCGGUGCCGCUUGGCGAUAUAUCAUCCCGUAUAGCGGUGGUCAACCUUGAUUGGGAUCAUAUAACAUCUACGGAUUUAUUUGUCGUAUUGUCCAGCUUCGUACCUAUUGGUGGAAAGAUUUUGAAUGUUUCGGUCUAUCCAUCGGAGUUUGGGAAAGAGCGAAUGGAGCGUGAGGAGAUGGAGGGUCCACCGAAGGAGGUAUUUGGGCUGUCUUCCUCCGCUGGUGUGAAGAAAAAGUCGAAAUCAAAGAGAGAAGUAGAAAUGGACGACCAGGAAGAAAUCACCGAAGCGACUUUGGUAAAGGAGGAUACAGGGGAGGAGUUUGAUUCCGCAGCGCUACGAAAAUAUCAAUUGGAACGAUUGCGGUACUUUUACGCCAUUGUAACCUGCGAUAGCCCGGCCACCGCAAACACCGUAUAUACUGAAUGCGAUGGAGCAGAGUUUGCCAGCACAGCCAACUUUUUCGACCUCAGAUUUGUACCGGAUGAUACAGAAUUUGAUGACCGGCCGAGGGACGAGUGCAGUGAGAUGCCGAAAAAGUACAAACCCGUGGAAUUCAGCACAGACGCUUUACAGCACUCUAAGGUAAAGCUUACUUGGGAUCAAGAAGAUGCUACAAGGAAAGCAGCAGUGAAGGAAGCUUUUAGUAGAAGAGAGGUGGAGGAAAUGGAUUUACAAGCGUAUUUGGCAAGUGACAGCGAUGAAGAGGGGGAAGAGGCAAAGGAUGCGUAUAGAAAGUUGUUGAAUUUGGCACCAAGUUCCGAGAAGGUGGAGAAGGGGGAGAAGAAGCCUGUUGGAGAUAUGGAAGUUACUUUUGCGGCUGCGCUGGCUGAAGAAGAAGGUGGCAAGAAAAAAGACAUUUUCGAAAGAGACGAAACGACGAUGGAGAAGUAUGUUAGAAAAGAAAGGGAAAGGAAGAAAGCUAGAAAAGAGAAAAUGAAAGAGAAGCGUGCGGAGGCAAAUGGGGAGAGUAUACAAGCUGCUGGGUCCGAUGAAGAGGAACAGGACGAAGAUCUCGGAUUCAAUGACCCCUUCUUUGAAAAUCCAGAGAAAGUGAAUGCAGACUCCAAGAAGGCGAAGAAACAGAAACACCGAGAAGAUAAAGAGAAGACCGCGGCUGAACAAGCUGCUAAGCGAGAAGAACUCGAAGCCCUGAUGGCCAAAGAUAAAACAUCAGAGCUCCAGCACUUCAAUAUGAACGAUAUCUUGAAACGGGAGAAACUCGCAAAAUUAAAGGGCAAAGCGGCGAAGAGAAUGGCCAAGAAAAAGGGAGUGAAAGAGGCAGAAGGACUACAAGACGAUUAUAAGAUGGAUGUGAGCGAUCCUAGAUUCUCAGCUAUCUACGAAAAGACGGAGUUUGCGAUCGAUCCGACAAAUCCAAGGUAUAAGAAGACGCAAGCAAUGGAGAAGGUUAUGGAGGAGAGGAGGAAGAGAAGAGCCAAUGAUGAGCCUUCUGAUGGUAAAAAGAAGCGACGCAAGUAA